GGAUGCUCAAAGCGAUUACACAACAUGUGUGACAACGUGGUUUAAAACAAACUUCUGUGUUUUUAUGAAAUCAAAGUGCUUUUAGUUGAAGAUCAAAACAGAUUUUAACAUGGGAAGAAAGAGGGAACUCACUGAGCUUGGAAAACGUGGUCCUGGCAAAAAAGCAAGAAUACAACCCCCGCCAGAAAUAUUUAGUGAAGGUAUCUGAUCGAAUUCUUAAAUUUUGUCUCAUUUUGUCUCAAUUAAAAUUAGAACUAGAUUAGAUCGUCAUUCUUAAAUAUGUCUUAAAUGAGUAAUUCAAUCGUGAUCUUUUAAUCUUUUAUAUACACAUAUAGAAUGUGUCAAGUACAGAGUACAGACCCCCCAAACUUGCCUUGUUCAUGUUUUCUUGGUCAAAUAGAACUUCCCAUUUACCACUGUAUAGAUUGCCAUGGAUAAACAAAAGAGGAUUUAGGGCCAUUCCAUUUAAUAAUGUACACACCCUCCUAUGGACGAGGUCAAUAAAAUUUGAACCCCAAAGAAAAAAAGAUCAAAGUACUGACACAAACACCCCCAGAAACUAAUAAAUUUUUGCUUUACCCCUCUGAAAAAAUGCAAAGAUCAAAGGAUGCCUAUGCACACAACCCCUCAAUUUGCCUUAGUAGAAUGAAUGGUAAGGGGGGGAGGGGGUAUUGAUCACAUUUCUCAAAAAAUAAAAUCGAGGUUGGAAAAAAAAAUCACAUUAUGGUAUUUUUUUUCACUAUCAAAAAUCUACGGUUUCACAUACCGCUAUUAAUUGACCCAUUAAGUGGCAUUGUGUCCUUAAUUCAUGAGUCGUACUUUAUUAUUUUACUCUGUCUAAUGCCAUAAUAUUUUACUCUAGCGAGGUUCACACUUCACUACCUCUCACUGGCUUAGUACAAAUCUGAUUGGUUAAUGGGAUAUGCCAAGUGAAUCUAAUUGGUUAAUGGUCCCUUAAUGGUUAGGGGCGGACCAUUAGAAAAGUGAUGGGGGGACAAAAAUAGAAAGAAAAAAAAAUUUGUGCACCAGAAAUGUCUGAAAAAAAGAAAUUGUGCAGAGACUUUUCAAUAGGGAAAAUUACAGGGCCUAUCGGAGGUACAGUGUAAGGGUGUCCCCGAAAUUUCGAAAAUAAUUGUUUUAAUCGUGUUUUAAUUAAGAAGUUUGUUCGGGGAAAAUGUGUUUUAAACCUUAAUUGAAAUGAUGUUAGUCUGAAAAAAAUUUUUUGAACCCUAUUUUUCUUUGUCCUGCAAAAAUUUUUCACCCCCCCCCCCUGCUCACCAGCAAUUUUUGGGGGGAAAAUAAAAUUAGAGCAAGGGAUUAUUAAAAAAAAUAAAUAACCGACACAGCAAAAUAUUUUGAAAGAACAAUUGUGCACAUUGAAAAUGGACCACCCCCAUCACUUUUCUAAUGGUCCGCCCCUUAGUGGUAGCGUGGUAGUGGAAAUCAAAUCUGAACCUCUCUAUGUCUAACACCAAACAAUUUGCUCAUCAAGGGGAGACCACUGGUGUUUAAUAGGUUAAACACAGGAAAUGUAUAGUUUCAAACAAUUCUCAUAAGAAAUUCUUCUGAGAUAAUGGUUGUCCCUCAGAAUGUUGGUUGGAAAGUACAUCUUUAGAAAUAUGAGAUUGGAGACCCUUGGACAUUGAUAAUGAUGGGUUAACUGAAUGACUUUUCUCUGUAGGAAAAGCAGGUCAAACUAAAAAGAAGAAGAAGAAGACUGUAGUUAAGAAAAAGUAAAAUCUAAAUUAACUAAUUUUUCAUAAAUUGUGGGCAAUUAAUAGACUACAUAAAUAAUUAUGUAUUAACCUUUUAUGCUUAACUUUUUAACCAGAAAACAGGAUGGGGAAAAGAAGAUUACAGCAGAGAAAAAGAUUAAUCUAUUCGAAGACAGCAGUGGUAAAAUUACUUUAUAAUAUGUAUAACUGUAUAUAAUUAUUAACCCAUAAAGUUGUAUAAUUGUACCCUACCUUAUCAUUGGGUUGUUCCAGAAAAGAUCCAUUAUAUACUCCCCCGGUGCCCCCACAGAGGAAAUUUCUGACGAUUUUACUCGUCAAGGUCAGAGUGCUGGUGCUCAGUGGAUUAAUAAUACCAGUUAAUCAGUAUCAGUUUUGAAAAUUUGAUGAGCACAACCAAAGAAGUAUGUCAAUUCUGAUGUAUCCAAUUUUCAAUUUUUACAGAGGAUGAUGGGAUUGGUAUGGUUGAUGAUGAUUUUUUAAAUGUAACAGAAGACGCACCACAAGAAAUGGUAAUAUACUAUAUAAUACAAUACGGUAUACCGGUACAGUGUACAGUAAACUUUGCCACUUUCUAACUUUACCAUAAUUAUGAUAUACUGUAUGUACUGUACACAACCUUGGUAGAAAUAUUGAAAAUUAUCUUAUCCAACCCUAAAUUAGAUCCCUGACUUAUAUUGUUUGAGAUCUAGAAUAAGACCUUAGUAAGACCGUAAUGAUCCCAUCAAGUUCAUUGUAAGAUCUUACAAGAUUCUGUCAAGAUGUAAAUAAGAUCUUAUGAACAAAAUUCUUAGUAAAAUCUAGCUUGCAGUCUGCCAGUCUAGUUCUUCCAAACUUUUUCCUUUGUUUCCGAAUAAUGAAAUUGUGUAUGAAAAGAUGAAAUCAAUGCUUAUAACACAUGCAAGGCCGGACAGGGGCGGAUUUAGGGGUCGUCAAACCAGUCACGCGACUAACAUAAAAACUGCAAACUUAACUAAAAUCUUAAAUAUUCGACCAAUAGUCCAGUUAUUUUUUUAUCAUGCAGCGACAUCUUAUAAUAGUCCAGUAUCUAUUAUCAUGCAGCGCUAGCAAUUAACAUUCCAAUCGAACUGUAGUCCAGUGAUCAAAUUUCAUACAGUGGUUGAGCCGACGAGCUUAGUGAAGUCAAUGAACAGCUGACAUACGCAAAGUCGGUCAGUCAAAAUCCAGUGUUUUGAUUGGUCUAGAUGCUUAUUGCCAUGGUAACAAGCGAUUUUUUUCGAUUAUGACUGAUCUGUGGGGAGUUCUGACCGAUUUACAAAAGUCAGGGGCGCUCCAUUAGUCGGAAUAUCAUUAAUAUUUGACGCGUGGUAAAGUCUUUCCGAGCGCGCACUCAUUCGAAGUGUCAUGUUGUAGCUUAGUCGGAAGAUUCGAUUUAAAGAUAUCUACGGAAAAUUCGGAAAUGUCUGCUGCUCCAGACUCCAGUCCUUGUAGUAUUCACGAAACGGUUCAAUCCGCAUUUGCAGUGAAUGAUUUAGCUAUCUUACAAGACUGUUGCGCUGAUCUUGGGAGGAAAAUCAACGCUAAAUAUCGGAGAGUUCCAUUCAGUGAGCAGUUGCUAAGCGGCGUAUAAGCGCCACGAAUAGCACGAACUACAGUUUGACUGUUUGAGUAGAAGUAUUGGCGCCGAGAUCUUUAUUCUGAAGUGCAAUAAGGUAAAUUAAAUGUGAUAUGUAAAUUUUAUUUCGUUUUAGAUAGCAUAACAAUAUUUAUAAGCGAACAAGAUGCGCGCCAAUGCGCCAUGCAUAUGUAAAAUUGUAACUUGAAUACGCGUAUUUUGAUUUAGAUUUAGCUAUGAAUUUUGAUUUACACAACAAAUUGCAUAUUUGUAAUUCUGCGGUUGAAGAUCCGUCAGAACUCACAAGGCUAUUAAUAUGGAGGAUAACCUAUAUAAAUGCAUUAACGCAGUGUACAUAGGAUAUAAAGGUCAGGUUUUAUAGAUGAAUGUUAAGACUUUAAUAUUGAUAUAUGUUUAUUUGAGUAAUAUGACACUGUAUAGUGAUUACUAGUCAAGUGAUCAAUGACUCAACAAGGCUAUUAGGCAACAAAAAUGAGUGCAGUGCUAUCAUGAGAUCACUGAUAUAUAUCAGUGCAUGAGAUAGUUAAACAUAAUACUAGCAAUCCGUAAUUUGUUAAAAUGAAACAUCUUCCACAAUUAUUACAUUUCUGCAAGUACUUCUCCUUUACUUUUCCCUAAGGAGCGAGUUGUGAGAGGAGCGAGUUGUGAGAGUCAGUCAGACUGAUAGUUGCUAUAAUUAUCUCCCAUUUCAUGAAGUUAAUUGUUGAAGCUGCUUUCAGAGUGAUGCAAAUUGCGUUUCGGAGGUUUAAAAAUAUAAAAAUUCCUGGGGGACAGACCCCCCUAGGUGCCUCGCGCAUUCGCCGCCCGCAAAACUAGAUUGUACAUCCGAAAACUUUGACUAACGUACGAAAAAUCCUGGAUCCGUCCCUGAGGCCGGAGGCAGACUAUGGUGUAAAUGCUGAGGGAGGUGGAAAAAAUUCACGGGGGUGCAGCAAUCUGGGUCCCACCCUCAAUGGGACGUUAGGGUUUGGCCUUUCUGAAGGGCGAGUUGCAUGACUUUCAGGGCAGGAACAAAGUAACUUGGGAGAGAUGAUUCUAUGUUAGAAGCUGGUAACAAGCAUUUUCUUAUAGUUUAAGCCUUGGUGAACAAGACUGUGUGUGUUACCACUUCUGAUUUUUGCUUUAUAGCCAAAAAUUUGAGAAUUUUUAAAUUUUGCCUAUUAAAUUACUAUGAUCGGAAAAAUGUAAAAUUUCAUGUUCUCUUAUACGAAAAAUAAACUAUACCACUAGAAAGAGCGUAAAAAACUGUAUAUAAGACAAUUAAGUGAGUUCUACGUUUUUCCAAUCCUAUUUCGAGUUUUUAAUGUUAAAAAAUGCAGAAAUGACCAAAUUAAUGCUAAUUAGUACCCAUUUUGCCAACUUUAACCAUCUUUAAUUCAAAAUCGGCUUGAAAAUCGCACUAGUCGCUUAAGUUAUCUUAUAUAUAGUUUUUUACGCUCUUUCUAGUGGUAUAGUUUAUUUUUCGUAUAAGAGAACACGAAAUUUUACAUUUUUUCCAAUCAUAGUAAUUUAAUAGGCAAAAUUUUAAAAUUCUCAAAUUUUUGGCUAUAAAGCAAAAAUCAGAAGUGGUAACACACACAGUCUUAUUCACCAAGGCUUGAACUAUAAGAAAAUGCCUGUUACCAGCUUCUAACAUAAAGUUGCCAUCAAACUCUCUUUAGAGGCACUUUUUGCCACCUUGGCCGGCCGACUACAUAUCUCCCCUCAAAAUCUUGGCUUGAACAUGUGUGCAUUCACAUGUGUGAAUAUUUUGUCUAGCCUGCAGAUGACUAUGGUUUAGAAUUUAACAGUGAUUCAUCAUCAGAAGAUGAAGAUGAAGGCGAUGAUGAAAAUGAGAAUAAUAACAAGGUUCUUUCAUGAUUUGUUUCAUGUUACUGUACAUUAAAGUAGAAGUCAUGUACAAGUCUAGUGAGUUUAGAAAUUGUAAUUGAAAUGACUGUAACAUGUAUGAUGAAUGCUUGCAGUUAUUGGCUAUUGAGAAAAAGUCAAAGAAGUUGGAUAAAAAGCUCCGUGAAGACAGGUAGGCAAAAAAUCAGCGCAUGCUUACAUUGGUGUCUCCAGCUUGUGAUAGAGUCUGAAACAAUUUAACUAGGUUCUGUGCAAGGGUGGGUAGUAGCGAAGUAGUUGUAGUUCGCUACUGCAGCGAACUACAAUCUUCAAGUGGCCAGUAGUUUUUGACUACUUUUUUAAAACAGUAGUUGUAAUUUAAUAGCGAACUACAUUUUGCCUAAAAGUAGCCAAGUAGACUGACUACUUUUCAAACAGCGAAUCGCUAUUCGCUACUUUUUAAAAUUGUUAGCAACCGUUCGUAGAAUAUAAUGAUAUUAAGACACGGUUUGCUUAAAAGAUUAUUUUAUACAGACUGAGUAAAGAUUGUUUUAGCGCAUUGAAAAGUGGCACUCCUGAACACUGUAUAGUGCUUACAAAAAUGUUGCUUUGACCCUUUUGUUUACUGUUGCUACUCGUAAUUCGAUUUGUUAUAGGUUGUAUUACAGCCUGAGCCGAAAUACUGUAAAACUAAAAAAUAUAGAGUAGCGAAAUAGCGAAAUAGUUUGCUACAUUUUUUAAGCAGUAGCUGUAGUCAGUAGCGAACUACUUUUGUUCAAAAGUAGCAGUAGUUGUAGCUGACUACAUAUUUUUGAAGUAGCUGUAGUUAUAGCGAACUACAAAAAAUUUGUAGUCAACCCACCCUUGGUUCUGUGUUCUUGCAAAGCAUGAUUUGGUGCUACCUUGAUCAUGCAUGCAUUUUUUUUCUGAAAGCAGGAAAGUUAAAUAUAGCUGACACCAUAUUGUUUAUAAAGAUAACUAUUUGGAUACAAAUAAAGCUGCCCCAAGUACGAAUGGACCCAGAGUUUAUUCCCAUUUUCUGAACAGAUUGCUAACAAACUCACCAUUUCGACUUACGACCCAUCAAUAUAACGACUAAUAACUCAUUAUAUUGAUGAUGAUAACUCGUCAUUAUGACAGUCAUACUGUAUAACUUGUCAGUGUUACUUAUAACUCAUCAUUACGACUUAUUUAUAUAUCGUCAUCGCAACUUCUAACUCUGCAGUUGUCAUUACCACUUACAACACAGGACAAAAUUUAAAUUUCAAUUAUUACCAUUAAUAAUUGGUAACAAUUGAAUGGUUUUGAAAGAUUUACCAUGUAUACACUCACUAUACAGUGUAAAUCAAUGUAAAAACUGAACUUUUACCAUUGAUGGUUAAAUAUUAUACAUGUAUAUCAGUUUCCCACAUGGUAAUUGGUAAAAACCGUGAUGUUUAGUAUUUACCAUUAAUGGUAUUUUUCUGUGUACAGGGAAAAUAUAAGGUAACAUUAAUGGUGAAUAAUUAUUAAACAUAGUUUUUCUCUGUAUAGAGUACUAGCUGAAGAAGAACUUCAAAUAAACAUUGCUGAAAAAGAUGUUUUUACUUUGCCCAGUGGACAAGAAAUAGAAAAAGAAUAUAUCCUUUUUGCCCAUUGCUUUGCGCCGAAAAAGUGUGCUAAAAGACGAAACGGAGUGUUUAGCACGCACGCCAAAAAAUGUCGAAAUCCUCCUUGUAAGCAGAGAGCCAGAGAACAAUAGAAAUAGCGUCAUUUGAACAAUAGUCGUGCGAGAAAACUACCCCCUUCCCCUUAGUAAUAGUUGCCCCCAAGGUUCCCCAUUUGAAAUUACUGUCGUUAGCGACUAUUUCUUCUCAAAUUAAAUAGCAUUCAAGAAAUUCAACACAAAAGUUACAUUAAUAUAUAGAUGUUUAUUUCUGUGGUUUCAAAUUUUAAGACAAAGAUACGUUCACUUGCUGGUUUCUCUUGUGAACUAUGCAUUAGCCUAAUAACUUUAAAGUGCCUAUGACACGAAAUUUCACCCCAAAUGUUUAUGAUUGCAUUGUAAAGAUCACUUAAAAUAACUUAAUAAUUUCUUUUAUAGAAUUUUGAUAACUUGCUUCCUUUGCAAGAUAUUCAACUUUGUUUCGUAUGCAAAUAUCACCGGUGUGACAUCACAUAGCAUAAUGAGAUUUUGAAAACGCAAUAUUUUACCUUGAUAAAAUAUUUUUACAAACAAAUACAGAGGGUUAGUGACCAGUUAUGAAACAAAUACAUAUACAAGGGCAAUUUUAAAGUUUUUUAGAUACGUAUUCGUCAAGAAAACUAUACUUUUCUGAAAACUCAUUGUGUGAUGUGAUGUCACACCGGUGAUAUUUGCAUACGAAACAAAGUUGAAUAUCUUGAAAAGGAAGCAAGUUAUCAAAAUUCUAUAAAAGAAGUUAUUAAGUCAUUUUAAGUGAUCUUUACAAUGCAACCAUAAACCUUUGGGGUGAAAUUUCGUGUCAUAGGCACUUUAAUGAAUCAAUUAUAUUAAUCCUUGACAUCUAUUUACUGCUGGAACCUCCAGAUUUAACUCUGAUCCAUCAGAGAAUCUGUGAAAACAUCAGCGCGUUGAACAACUUCAAGAAAUACAGAGAACCCGGGAAGUACGUAGAAUUACAAUACAUUGUCAUUGUCCAUUGAGGCGAAUUACGCCCCAAAUGCGCCCUACUUUAUUAUUUUACUUUGUUUAACGCCAGAUUAUUUUACUCUGUCGAACGCCAGACGAUUUACUCGUCAAGAGGAGAGAGCUAUCGGGCCUGUCGCUCAAUGGGUUAAACAUAAAUGAUAGAUAUAGCAUGCGUACUUGAUUACGAAUCAUGUAUCCACUUUUUCUCAUGUCCUUAUAAAUCCGCCAUUUUGUGGAGACAAUUUUUUUUUACUGAGAGAAGAUAGGAGUCUGACGCAUUCUAUAUCUAUUAUUUCUAUGAUUAAACAACAUGCAUGCAUGCUUAGCCGUUUACAGGUUUACUGCAUUGCAACUGAAUGCCCUUGUAUCAAAAGACGUCUUAGACGUGUGGAUGAAUUAAAUUUUUGAAUUGAGCUCUUGAGUCUUUAGUGCGAAUACUAAUAUAAAUACGGGCAAGCGGAACAGUUGAAUAUAACAGUAAUAAUGAAACCACAAAAAAUUGCUUUCGACAGCACUGUAUCCAGACGAACGACCCAAAGGAUCAUUCAUCAGGAUGAGUUACACCCAGUUGCUUCUACAUGUAUAGAUACUAAUGGACGGAUAAAGCCCUUUGCAUGCAUGCAUGUGUGCCGCAUUCUCACAUAUGAAGACGAAAUAUCAGACGAACCCUCUUUGUUGACCAGUUUUGCCCAGACAGAUCCCGACGCUGAUUCUGUGAUUUUAUAUUUCAUGUGUAGAAGUCGUAAAGAGUACCUUGAACUGCUGAGAAAUGAUCUGAUGAAUUACUACAGUUACAGCGAGUUCAUGAUCAACAAACUAAUGGAUAUGUUCCCACUAUCAGAGGUAUCAGUGCUUUUAAACCAAAUGGCGCUAUCUACAUAUUCUAUGUCUUCUGUGGUAAACUGUUCUUUCUAUGGACAUCUAGUAAGGGCCUUUCCUUUCUAUUUGAUAAAGCCAAACUGGUAGUACUUCUACAUGUCAUUGUGUACUUUCCAUUUAAUGACCAGACCAGUCCGACUGGAAUUUCUGUUUCUGCAUCUAUUAAGUAAUAUUUCCAAUCCAACUAUGCCAGAGCACUGGACUAGAUUUCAUAUCCGCGCAAUUGGAUCAAAAUGCGAGAACUUCAAAUCUAGUCCAGUCCCAAAUUGGAGGAUUUAAAAUGGCAUCUCAUACGUAAUCACAACUUAAAGUGAGGUGAAUUCAAUCAGAUCCAGUCCAAGGGCUGAAUUAAUUUUGAUCUCGUCCUAGCACUGGAUCAAUUUUCUUCACCAGGUAUUAUCAUAUUCAUGAGCAAAAUUAAACCAAUGUGUUUGGUUAAUUUACUCAUGAACUAUUAAUGAGUUUGAGAUUGGAAGAUCUUGUUCCUCGAACAUCUAACGAUGGAUGGACUCCCUUCUAAUUUGAUCCAAAUUUCCAUUCAGGUCCAAACGUUUUGCUUUCCAUUCAGAAAUGUCAGUCUGGCCAGUCUGGCCGUGUUGAUGGAAGCGCCAAUUGGCGCGAGAUUAUAAUCAAGAAACUAAUAUUGUAACAGUAGUUUUGUGACGCUAAACUUUUCCUUUUUAAAGCUUUUAGAGUUCCUUGAAGCGAAUGAAGUCCACCGACCAGUCACAAUUCGAACGAAUACUCUGAAAUGUCGCAGGAGAGACUUAGCACAGGUUGAGUACAGGAACUGCCCUAGGCUCCAUAUUCUUCUUGGGCCGGUUGUAGAAAAGCUGGAUAGUCUAUUCAACUUUUCCAAAAUUGUUUCGUUGGGUGGUAUAACCCUGAUUAUAAUAACUUGAGCGGGCGUUGUGCCGUAUUUUGCGGGCCAGAAUGAACAAAUUAAGGGGAGAAACUACAUUUUAACUCGCUGAAUUUUAAAUUGUUUACGUCCAGCGGCAGUCGUUUGUAGCAAUGGCUUAAGCUGUCUCUGGGCAAAUACGAAAAGAGAAGAUAUAUCUAUUUUCGAAAAGGAAAAAGUAGAAGAAAUGUAAUGUAUCUUUAUAGCAAAAAACCUCAUCGUGAUCAACUUUUUCACUGUCAAAGUUUCCGGAUAUGAUGUCUUUAUGUGAAUUUUUGGUACAAAAAACAAAGGAAAACGAAUUUACAAUUCACCUAAUGACAUCAUAUCCGGAAACUUUGACAGUGAAAAAGUUGACCAAGAUGAGAUUUUUUAUUAUAAAGAUAUAUGACAUUUCUCCUUCGAAUGACCCAAAUAUUACACAUACCAAAAAUCAUAUUAGUGAUUAGUCGCACUUUAAAUAUGCAAAAAGACGUAGAAGUUAGGACAUGCAACAUUGAAUAGACAAAGUGAAAGCUUGUUUGUCUUGUUUAUAGGCGUUAAUAAAUCGUGGAAUGAACCUCGAUCCUGUUGGAAAAUGGUCCAAAGUUGGUUUGGUUGUUUACGAUUCAUCCGUUCCUGUUGGUAUGUCAGCCGUGGAAAUUGAAUAAUACUUUUUUCUGUAUCUCAACGAUUGUGUCACUAUAAAGAACAAUAGACCUUAUGCAUAAUGACGUCACAAGGCUUGAUGCCCGCGAGGAAUGCUGGUCUUAGUAUAGUCAUCGCCCGGGAAAAUUGAACAAUUAAAAAUGGCCACUAUCGAAAUUUACCCAGGCGAUGACUACUAAGACCAGCAUUCCUCGCGGGCAUCAAGCCUUGUGACGUCAUUAUGCAUAAGGUCUAUUGUCAGCUGGUUUUACAUAGGCAGAAUGAAAUAUUAAGAAAUAAUGUGUAGGGCCUACAUGUAAUGAACACAACGUAAAAUCGUUAGAAAAUAGCUCAGUAUUAUUUGCCGAGGUUUUCAGCACAUAUAAUUCUAAUCGUUUUUAUAAUGUAAAAAUUAGGUUUAAUUUAUUUUUCUGGAGAAGAAAAAUCUGUUUUGUCUAAGAAACCAAAUUGGUCGAAAUUCUGCGGAAAUUGGCUAUAGAUAUAGCCAUAUAGUUCACGUUGCUGAAACUAUAAAUCUCUAUUUCUGCCGUAGGGGCCACACCAGAAUAUUUGGCCGGCCACUACAUGUUACAAGGAGCUUCGUCUCUCAUGCCUGUAAUGGCGCUGGCUCCUCAAGAAAAUGAACGUAUACUUGACAUGUGUGCGGCUCCUGGAGGAAAAACAACUUAUAUGGGUGAGUGGAAGAAUUAUACACUUUUACUAAACUGUUAUAGGCGAGUGCUCUACACUUACAACAGUUGAAUGUUGGAAAAAACUCCACAAGAAUCCAGUGCUUGUUUCUCGCGCGUGUCGUUAACGAUUCGAACGACUGUUUUACAACUCGACAAAUGAAAAUGCCGAUUCAUACGAGUCGAUAGCGUAGUUGAUUUACGAGUUGCAAGUAGUCAUUAUUAAAUUAGUUUGGUGUUAGGGUACAGUAGGUAAGACGAAUCUACUUGUUGAUUAUUUUAAGUAAAAUUAUUUUUAAAGAACGAGGCACAAUCGCACGAAUCGACGAAUGGAUAAGUCGUUUCGAGGGUUAAUGAUAGAGUAAACGGACAGUAUUCAUGAGAAAGUAUAUAUGGAACCGACAAGGUUAUUUUACAGUUUGUGUCGAUUCGACUGUAUUGCAUGGACAUGUAUAAUACACUGUAGGUGGCCCUUACUGGAUCCCUUGGAAAAGAUUUUAUUCUGAACUGACAGAGCUAUCCAGAUCUAGAUAACGUAAGAUUCUUUUUAUUCCAGGUGCUUUAAUGAAGAACUCAGGAGUUAUAGUGGCGAAUGAUCAGAACAAAGACCGAUUGAAAGCUUUAGUAGGAAAUACACACCGGCUUGGUAAGACUGGAUUUCUUUCUAAAACACAGUUUCAUGAUAUUUUCAUGAUAAAAGAAGACAGAUGGACUCUUGUAGUUUAAAUGGUUUUAAAUCUUUAGGAGUAAACAACACAAUGAUAUGUAAUUAUGAUGGACGAGCAUUUCCUAAGGUGAUGGGAGGUUUUGACCGAGUAUUACUGGAUGCCCCGUGUAGUGGUACUGGUGUUAUAUCCAAGGAUAAAUCUGUUAAAACCAACAAGGUAUAAACAAAAACUACAGAUUUGUUAUGAUGUUCCAAUUUUGUGGGUUUAAAUUCAGUAAGGUUACGGAAAAGCUGAUGGAGUUAAACUUUAAAAAUGUUGAUACAUCUAAGGAAGGGAACUUAAAGUAUAUUCAUUAAUUUUAUUUAGUUGCCUCCAUAUACUGUACAAGAUUAUUACAUAUAUAAUGGCUUGUUUACACUUGCAAUUUUGCUGCAAUUUCUAAUGCAAUUUUCUUCUUCUGAUACAUGUGAACGAGUUGAUGAGUUACGAAUGUUCUGAGUAUACGUGUCCCUCAUCCGAAUAUUUAUAACUUAUCUACUCGUUCACCUCCAUCAAAAGAAGAAAAUCGCAUCUGAAAUUACCACAAGAAUAGAUAGAUAUGAAUGAAUAGAUGAGGAGUAUUUUGAAAAGAUGAGCAGUACAGUAUUUUGUCGUUGACUAUACCUGUUUGUAACAAUAUGCAGCACAAAUAGUGCUUAUUAAUAUACAGUUGAAAAUUUCAGCUUGAAAUGUUGUUCUGUGCGGGGAUUCGCUGGCGCAUUUGUCAGAGCAAGCUCCUUUCACCUCUGAGGUCGUAGGUUCAAUUCUUAUUACGGACUCAAGAUGCUCACAUGAAAGGAGUCGAUCUUUUUCUUGAAGCCAAAUCUGACACCCAGCCAACGCUCUACCAAGAGUCGUGGAUUUUCUUUUGGUACUCCGGUAGGGGUGCACCGGAUUCCAAAUCCGGCCUGAAUUCCGGCCGGAUUUAACGAAUUUUCCGGCAUCCGGCCGGAUUUGGAGAAAAUCCGGCCGGAUUUAAAUUUCUGUUUUCGCCUUAAACAAUUCACCAAGAAUGGGAUAAACCAUCAAUUUGGCAGCUUUAAAGUUUAAAAAACACUUAUAUUAUUAUAAAAUAUUAAGUUAUAAACAAAAAAUAUUUAAAAAAGGUUUAAACACAAUCAAAAAUCUAAACUGACGCUAACUAAAAAUAGUAAAAAACGUAAACCGCCAUUUUGAAUACUGAUUUAACCCCCAAUUGUCCCCAUUAACGGUGUAUCUCAAAUCCGGCCGGAAUUCCGGCCGGAAUUUUUGUCCAAAUCCGGUAAAUCCGGUUCCGGCCGGAUUUGAAAAUUCCAAAUCCGGUGUACCCCUAUACUCCGGUUUCCUCCCACAGGGAAUGUUGACAGGGUGGGUUGGGUAAUAUCAUAUGGUAAUAUUAACACCUCCCUGACCCUUCCACCGUGGCUGUGCUCCGUGAUUAGACAUGAGUCAUAAGAUGGCUGCCAGAGGCGCCCUUAGUAAGCCUUCGACUCGAUCAGGUUGAGUUGCGUCCUUUGCAAUUCAGCUUAGCUCUGAGCUGCAAGUAAGGAUGACCGCUCACACAUACCCACUUACAGGCUCCUUACUUUUUCAUUGUUAAGGAUGAGAAAGAUAUACAGCGUUGUUCUCACCUGCAGAAAGAAUUGCUGUUGGCUGCCAUCGACUCUACUGAUGCUCAAUCAUCUUCUGGCGGUUAUAUUACAUACUCAACGUGUUCAAUAUUGGUACGAUUGGGCAACUGUUUUCAUACAUAUAUUUUGAUUUACACAACCCUUAACCAAUCAGAUGUGUUUAGUCUACCCCGAUUAACCAAUCAAAUGCCUGUUAAACUGCACAUUGGAAGUCAAAUCAGAACUUCUCUAGUGAGCUUAAAACAGAGGCGACUAUAUCUUCAAAUCUUGAAUUUUCAGUUUUUGUGGGUUUUUUAAAUCUCGUAGCCUUAGUUUGGAAGACGCUGUUAUUCACAGUAUUUCUUAAAUUUCGCUUUGUUUCUUAAGAUUGAGGAGAACGAGCGUGUCGUUGAAUAUGCGUUAAGUAAACGACAUGUUAAGUUAGUCGACACUGGUUUGGAGAUCGGAAAUGAAGGAUUAACGAAGUAAGUUCAAAUAUUGUAGCCUUUCAUACAAUCAUACUUUCUAAGAGUUCAUUCAUUUUUGAUUCUCCGAGCACUGGCUGUAAUAACUGUAUAACUAGUAGAUAAUUAUUUCAUAAUAGUAAAACCAUGCUUUUAUUAUUUCUAGAUUUCGUGGUCAUCAUUUUCACAACACGAUGAAGUUAACACGACGGUUCUAUCCUCAUGUCCACAACAUGGACGGUUUCUUUGUUGCCAAGCUGAAGAAGUUUUCCAACAGUAUUCCACAAUCCUUAUCAGGUCAGAUUCAUAAACAUGAGUUGUCAACGUACGUCAUGCAGUUCCUGGAAUAAAAAGCAUACUGCCAUCGGUUCGCACCGCCAGUCGAAAAAAUAUGAGAAUAGGACAACGAUGUUUCGACAGCACGCAGGCUAAUCUGCGUUUGCUCUUAACAUCAGAAUUCUCUCCUUAUAUUUUUCAUAUGAUUGCUAAAUGGCAGUUGUGAACCUAGAGGUUCAGUAAGGGACCGGUCAUUAUUUAUGGCGGGGGGUGGCACCGAAGAGAAAAGGGUUGGGUAAACUAAAUUUUGAGUAAGUAAAAGGUUGGGUAAAUGAAAAACAAAACAACUCAAAGGUUGGGUAAUAAAAAUUUAUUGUCAUUUCCAAAGCAUGACCCACUGAAAUAUUGGAGACUGAAAAGCAAUGUCAACAGUCAUUUCUCAAUACAAUAUGUGAAUCAAUCAGAGUCACUAUCUUGAUCAUUUUGACAAAACAAAUUGUGUUUCCAAAGAAAGUACAUGUGCAGACAACAUGAAACUUUAGACUGCAGAAUAUUUCACAAGCCGUUAUCAAACUCAUGUCACUGAAGUGAUAAAGGACAUGUGUGACAACUGAAUGGUAUCCUUUUGUUAUGUUUUUGGCCAGGGGUGGGUAAUUAUUUUUUGAUUGAUAUUUGAGGUUGGGUAAUCAAAUUUUUGUCUUUUUAAUGGUUGGGUCAGCAAAUUUUUGACACGGAAAACAUUUCUCUUCGGUGCCACCCCCCACCAUAAUAAUGACCGGUCCCUAAGGAUUCCCUAGAGGAAUUAUUUUUCAGGAAGGAUUUUUCCUUUAUUUCUCCAGUGUAAAUUAGUCCAUGAAGAGAAAAUUGAUCUAAAGUAACUUGAUUUAAAGUAGAUAAUUUUAUUAAGUUUUAAGGUCUAGCAAGUGUUAUUGGUAUAUCAUUAACCCUCGUUCUAUGGCCAUUGGCCUCGAUUGAUACUGUGUUUUUCACCUCAACCAAACAUCACGAAAAUUUAAUCUCAUAUGAAGUGCAUGAUAUGUGAUAUAAAGUGUAAAAUAUUAUGUAAUUUUAUUUUCAAGCUCCUUUAUAAUGAUACAUGUUUUUUUAAAUAUUUUUCUUCUACAGAGUUAGUUACAAAGGAAGAGAAGAACACUGAAGAAAAUGAUGUCGCAAAAAAUGAAUCGACAGAUAAACCGAAGAAGGACAAACGAAAAAAGAAAAAGGCAAAAGGAACAUGAAACAAACUCGUUUUUUAAAUUAUUAAUUGGUUGUACCUGAUCAGAUGUAACCCGUGUUUGUACCCAUGUCCACCAAAUUCACUCAUAUAUAUUGUGAAAUACUUGAUUAUCUUUGUUCCAUUCUAUGCUUACAAUAGGGAACGUCAGCAAGCAGGACGGUAUUGGGGUCCUGAAUGGGUAAAAUGGGACUUGGAUUACUGGGACUGAGAAUAAUUGAAAGAAAAGCAAGCAACUUUUGAUUAAAAAUUUGUCCAAAAAAGCCCAGGAAGAUUGCAAUCUGCCUUUCCCGAUUCUACUGCUAUUGCGAGUCUGUGGUUUACCUACACGGGGAGCUUGGUCCGUCAUGUUAGUGUAUUGGGGUAGCCAGCCCGAGUUUUUAGUCCUGCUAUCCAAAUUCAAAAUUAUUAUGAUUAUUGAUUUCUUUAGAAAUUGAUUGUUUUCACAGUCAAUGAACACGAAAAUACUUGCAUAGGGGGACUCAAUCGUCAGACUGGUUACGCUACUGUCAGUAUUGAAUGCUACAAAGUUUAUUUAAUGGCAGAAAAUGACAUGUAUUUAUAGACUUUGAAACCUUUACUCAGCCAAACUAGUUGUAAAGAGAGCAAAUGAAUAUGCAGUAUUGUGAUUCGAAGUCAACACAGACGAGAUACCUGCUCUGGGAUUUUCUUUCAAUUUAACAUUUGAGACUGAGGUUUGGUUUAAAAAUGGAUAGGAAAUGGGAUUUAGAGAAAAAAACGGGCUGGGAAACGAGCAUUAGACCCCUUCACCCACCCAUCCUAACCCGCAGUAAUUGGCGUUAUGCUGUUGUGGGAACCCUGCCAGAAUUUGUAAUUUAUGUUACGGCAAAGUUAUUAAAUUAU